AUGGGAAUAUGUUCAGCGAAAGGUAAAACUAAGCAAGAACGAAAGGAACAGCACGAAAUCCUACCUCAAUAAUCUCCUCAACUUGACCCUACCUCAGAUGUCUAAAGAAAUUUUAAAUCCGAAACUAACAUCACUACUAAUAAGUUAGGUGCACCAUCAAACAAGCAAAACCAAAAAGCUAAAAUGGCUCCGAGUCCAUCUACUAAACCUGUUAAGCGAAUGGUCUGGGCAGAUUAGAUCGUUGAAAACGGUGGUCAAAGGGGCACUCUAAAAACUUGGAUUUCAAUUAAAAAUGCUAAUUUCUCUAAAUACUAUUCUGUUCUGAACAAAGAACAAUCUAAAUGUCGUAUAAAAUUGAAUGAAUAACUGGCACUUGUACAACACAAUCUAAGCGGUAAGAUUAGAGUGGCUGAAUUCAUUCCAAAAACCUCAGAAGGUGAUCAACUUGUGGAAUCUAUUAUCAAAACAUAACUUGUAAAUAUUAUACCCCUAAACCUUUAGAACCAUCCUAAUUUAAUAAAAUUAGAUGAAGUCUUUUAGGACGCUUCCAAUUAUUAAAUUAUUCACGACUUUUGCAAUGGAGGCUCCCUGCAAUAAUAUCUAUCGAAUACAGUUUACACAUAGUAAUAAGCAGCACUUGUAUUGAAAUAGAUAGUCGAAUUAAUUUCGUAUAUACAUAAAUUAGAACUGAAUCAUUGUGGAUUAUCGUUAUAAUCUUUUUAAAAGUAUAAUUAAUCUAAUUCAAAUUACAUUAAAUUAGUUGAUUAUAGGGCUAUUUAUGUUAAAUCAAUGAUUUCUACAAAAGAUAAUUUAAUGUAUUUGGCCCCAGAAGCCAUCCUAUAACCAGAAAUCUACACACCAGAAAGAGAUACAUGGAGUAUUGGCAUAAUGUUAUACAAAAUGCUAUCUGGGCAACUUCCAUUUAAAGGGUCAAAUAAGGACGAACUACUUUAAUCAAUUUAAAAAUAUUCAGCCUCCGAUGAAUUUGACACAGAUGCCCUACCUAAAACUAGUAUCGAUUUUAUCAAGAAAUUCCUAAGAAGUGAUCCAAAAAAGAGAAUCAAACUCAAUCUGGCUUUGAAUGAUUAAUGGGUUAGGCACAACAUAGAAAAAUCUUAGGCUGAAUAAGAUCAAAUUGUUAAAUAACUUGAUCAGAAUCACGCUCUUUCAUUCUUAUAAUGUUGUUUCUUGCAGUUUAUGAUCACUACCUUUCAAUCUGAUUAGGAAUAAUCUUUGUAUCAAAUCUUUGGGUAAUUUGACAUCAACCAUGAUGGUAAGAUCAAUAGGUAAGAAUUGACUCAGGCCUACAUGAACCAUUUUUCUAAUCUGUAAGAAGUCAAGGAACAUGUAGACACAGUUUUCAAAGGUGUAGAUAUAAAUAGAAACGGUGAAAUUGAUUUUUAGGAAUUCUUAAUAGGAGUCAUAGAUCGUAAUACUUUGAUAACUAUUGAUAAUUUAAAGGAGGCAUUUCGCAUAUUAUCCGACGUAGAAGGCUUCAUUUCUCUUUCAAAGAUGCAGUAAUUGUAUCAUAGUAAAAAGCAGUAACUAAAAUAGUAAUUUGCAGCGUAUGAAAAUAAUCAAAUUAAUUUUAAAUAAUUUUAGGAUUUGAUGUUUGAUGCUCUGUGA